CUCACCACCAACUCAUAGAUGUCUUUCCCCAGCUGUGUCUUGUUUCUUGGGCUUCUUCCCUAUUUAAUCUAUGCCCAGGAUGAGCCUGCUCACAGCAGGUUUGAGUACAAGUACAGUUUCAAGGGACCUCACGUCACCAUGCCUGAUGGAUCGGUGCCCUUCUGGGACAUGUAUGGAGAUGCCCUACCUGGGCCAGAUGAAGUUCGCCUAGUCCCCUCAAUGAAAAACCAUGCAGGAUCAAUGUGGACUACACGUAAUGCUUCAUUCCCUCACUGGGAAGUUGAUGUGUCCCUGAGGAUCAUGGGACAUGGGCGAAUGGGCUCUGAUGGACUGGCCAUUUGGUACACGAAAGAGCCUGGACGCACAGGGACAGUAUAUGGCUCCGCGGAUAAAUGGGACGGCGUGGCAAUUAUAUUUGACACCUUUGAUAAUGAUGUUAUGGGGAAUAAUCCGACAAUACUAAUUGUGGGGAACAAUGGAAAACUGAAUUAUGACCAUUCACAAGACGGCAUGAAUCAGGCCCUGGGCUCCUGUGUGCUCAGUUUUAGGAACACAAUCCGCCCAUUUAAAGCAAAAAUAUCAUACUAUAAGAGGACAUUAAGGGUUUCUGUGCAAACGGGCCUAUCUCCAAGAGGUGAUGCGUAUGAGUUAUGUGCCCAGGUAUCAAACAUGGUGAUCCCAUCUACUGGAUACUUUGGUAUUUCAGCUUCUACUGGAGUCCUGGCUGAUGAUCAUGAUGUGCUUUCGUUCAUGACAUACAGUCUGAGCAAAACCUGGGAUGAGUCUCCAGCAGCAAAGAUCCCUGAAGAUGAGAAGGAAAAGUUCCUUAAGGAGUUUGAAGAGUUCCAGAAAGAAUUAGAGAAGAAUAAGAAAGACUUUCAGAUGGAGCACCCUAAACAAAAUGAGGAGCUGUUUGAGUCAGACAGUCAGCGAGAAUUGGACAUGGUACUGAAUGGGCAGGCCCGGCUGCUAGAAGAGCUGACAGUGCUGAAUAAGAGAUUAACCAUGACAGUGGAAGAGCAGAGAAGGCAUAGGGAUAUUCUAAGCCGAUCUGCAGCUAACGAGACCACUACUGUAAAGGAACAUGUUCACAGUACCCUGGAAGUUGUAAUGAACGGGAUUCCAGAUCUUCUUGCCAUGACACAGGAGCUUAAGAAGGACGUUAUUAAGGUGGCUACCAAAGUGAAACAGUCUUCUUCGCCAGGAAAAGUUAAGGACUCCACAAGUCCAACAAACUUUACCGUUGUCCAUGAGGAUUUCAGCAAGAUUAAGAGAAGUCUGCAGAACCUGGUCAAAAAUUCAGCCAGCGCACAGAAGCCUCCGUGUCCCCCAAUCCCUCUACAACCUUCCUGUUUGUCAGGUAGUAUAUUCCUGACCUUCCUGCUGCUUCAGACACUGUGCAGUAUAGUAUACAUGAUGCUCAGAAGCAAAAGUGACUCCAGCUCUAAAAAAUUAUACUGAGUAAGAAGUGGAUGUGCGAGUAAAAUUGUUCUGGUGCAAUGGAAGAGGAGAGCAGCAUUACAACUAUAGCUCAAGCAAAAAGAAUGAAAAUGUGAUGUGUGCCAUCUCAACGCAGUUUCCAUAACAUUACUUAAUAUAACACCCUUUUCUAUUCUUUUGUAUCAUAUAACGCCUACUGAUUCAUAAAAUCUCUCCUGUGUGUAUUUAGUACGCUGAUCGUUUCCAGUGCAUUAAGUGACACGGUCAUUAAUCAUGUAUAAGAAGAUAAAGUCCUGGAAAAUAUGAUACAGUUAUUGUUUAAUAUAGCUUUGAUAAAUAUAUAGGUGUGUGUAUAAAGAUUCAGUUAAUGCACUUAAGCAUUUUUAACAUAUUGUUAACCAUUUAGUAGUGUGCACCAUUUAAUAAAGAAAGAUUUAAUGUGUUGUAA